AUGGUCUCCCCGGGCCUUCUGCUGCGCUUCCUGCUCCUGGCCCUCAUCACACACCGCUCCUCAAGCUCCUCUCCAGACUCAGGUCCCAGUGCUCUGUCCAUGAAGCCCCCUGAAGGGGCACGGACAGGGUGUGCCCAGGGUCCAGAAGCUUCUGUGGGGACCCCAGAUUCCAGCUGCUCUCCAGAGCCCGAGCAAUUUUACCAUUCCACAUCGAAUGCUUCCAAAGAGGGACAAAUGAUGAGCACCUACGUCCCAGAGUCCCAAGGAGCACCCCGGGACCCCAGCCAGGAGCUGGCUGGAGAGACCCAGACUGUGGGGCUUUCCAGCCCGGAUCCAGCUGGAUCCCCAGAACUUCCAAAUCUGGAAUUUUCCCCCCCAAAACCGGAAUUCAAAGCACCUGCAGAGACGGAUUCUGGGGCCACGUUCUUGCAACAGGUGGAGGGUCCCCUGGCAAUCAUCGUGGGGGCCACCCUCCGGCUCUCUCUGCUUCCAGUGCCCAGCCUUGGGCCCCCUGCCCCCCUGGUGGUCUGGCGGAGGGGCACUAAGGUUCUGGCAGCGGGGGGCCUCGGACCAGGGGCGCCCCUCAUCAGUCUGGACCCCACUUACGGGGACCGGCUGCGUUUUGACCAGGCCCGUGGGGGGCUGGAACUCACCUCGGCCCAGCUUGAUGAUGCUGGCGUCUACACCGCGGAGGUCAUCCGGGCCGGGGUCUCCAGGCAGAUCCGGGAGUUCACGGUGGGUGUGUAUGAGCCCCUGCCCAAGCUCUCGGUGCAGCCCGCGGCCCCCGAGACGGAAGAGGGGGCGCCCGAGCUCCGGCUGCGCUGCCUGGGGUGGGCGCCGGGCCAGGGGGCGCUGAGCUGGAGCCGGGCCGGGCGCGUCCUGGGGGCAGGGGACCCCGAGGGGGCCGGCCCGACGCCCCGCGACCGGAUCCGAGCCCGGGGCGACCAGCUGCUCAUCGCCCGGCCCGAGCGCGGCGACCAGGGCCGCUACACCUGCCGCGUGCGGAGCCCCCUGGGCCAGGCGGAGGCGGCGGCGGACGUCAGCGUGCUGUUCGGCCCGGACCCGCCCGCCGUGUCCGUCUCGUCCGAUCGCGACGCCGACCCCGCGCGCUUCGUGUCGGCCGGCAGCGACGUGCGCCUGGCCUGCAGCGCCGCCUCGCGCCCGCCCGCCGCCUACGCCUGGAGCCUGGCCGACCCCGCCGAGGCGGCCGUGCCCGCCGGCCCGCGCCUGCUGCUGCCCCGCGUCCGGCCGGAGCACGCGGGCGCCUACGCCUGCCUGGCCUCGAACCCGCGCACCGGGCGGAGCCGCCGCGGGGUGCUCAACCUCACCGUGGCAGAUCUGCCUCCAGGGUCCCCACAGUGCUCGGUGGAAGGGGGUCCUGGGGACCGCAGCCUCCGUUUCCAGUGCUCCUGGCCCGGCGGGGUCCCGGCGGCCUCUCUGCAGUUUCAGAGUCUCCCUGAAGGUGUCCGAGCCGGCCCCACGCCCUCUGCGCUGCAGGUGACCAUCCCUGUCCACCCGAGGCUCAGCGGCGUCCCAGUCACCUGCCUUGCUCGCCACCUGAUGGCCACCCGCACCUGUACUGUGGUCCCAGAGGCCCCCCGAGAGGUGCUGCUGCUGCCUGUGGUGACAGAGACGCGGUCGGGGGACGUGGAGGUGGUGCUGGAGGCCACGGGCUGCCCACCACCGUCCAGGGCAUUGUGGGCACGCGAGUGGCGGCCCCUGGCCCCCGGUGGAGGGGGGCGACUGCGACUCAGCCAGGACAGCCGGAGGCUGCUCGUGGGCAACUUCAGCCUGGACCGGGACCUGGGGAAUUAUUCAGUGCUGUGCAGCGGGGCGCUGGGGGCCAGGGUCGACAAGAUCAUGCUCACGGGACCCUCCAUCUCUUCCUGGAGGCUGCAGAGAGCACGGGGAACAGCGGUGCUCACUUGGGACGUGGAGCGCGGAGCCCUGAUCAGCGGCUUCCAGAUCCAAGCACGGCCCGAGCGGCCCGAGCAGGGCAGGGUCUCGGCCUCCCAGGACUGGGUCUCACUGCUGGAGCUGGGACACCAGGAGCGAUCGGCCGUGCUCUCCCUCCCACCUCAGAACUCCGGUUCCUGGGCACUUCGCAUCUUGCCCAUCCUGGGCCACCUGCCAGGGACCCCGUCACAGAGCCGCAUGUACAGGACAGGCUCCACCCUGGGCCCCGGAGCCAUCGCUGGCAUCGUGCUGGGCUGUCUGCUGGGCCUGGCGCUCCUCUCGCUUCUUCUCCUGUGGUGCAUCUGCUGUCUGUGUUGCCACCGAGGUGAAACUCUUAAGAAAAUGAAGUUCCCUCCCGUGCUGAGCCCCGUGAUCCCCCUGCCAGAAAAGAAGAUGCAGUGCGUGACCCCAGCUCGGAUUCUGCCAUCUCUGCCCCUCAAAGAG